GUCUUUCCUGUUUGAAUAGCAGUCAGACUGAACAUGUGUCAGUUUUGUAUAUGAAUGUAGAGCAGAUUUCAUGCAAACACAAUCAUGACAUCUACACAACCAAGGACCAUUCUGUUAUUUAGUGGGAAGCGAAAGUCAGGGAAGGACUAUGUGACAGAUUUAAUACAGAAAAGACUGACAGCAGAGAUGUGCUGUAUACUCAGACUGUCUGCACCUCUCAAACACCAGUUUGCUAAGGAUCAUAAUCUUGACUAUGAGGAGCUGUUGGGUUCUGGUCACUAUAAGGAGAGCUAUCGCGCUGACAUGAUCCGCUGGGGUGAGAUGAAGAGACAGCAGGACUCUGGCUUCUUCUGUAGACUGGCCAUCAAACAUGCCACACAGCCCAUCUGGAUAAUCAGCGACUGCAGAAGGCUGUCAGAUGUGCAAUGGUUCCGUGAAGAGUUUUCUGGUAAAUGUGUUUGUGUUCGGGUGGAGGCUUCUGAGCAGACGAGAUCACAGAGGGGCUGGAGAUUCACUACAGGUAUAGACGACGCUGAGUCCGAGUGUGGUUUAGAUGAGGGUGUGAAGUUUGACUGUAUCAUCAGAAACGAUGGAGCUGAUGACAUUCUGGAGAAACAGCUGGAGGAUCUACUGUCAUUGAUCAAGUCACGGGAAAAGAACUCAAACGCACAAAUUAACAUUAAACUGGAAUAAUAAAAGCUGCUUUUUUGCGGUCAGUCCUGUAUAUCCUCCUCACCGGAGAACUUCCAAACUCUUCUGCAUUUUAUUGAACAGUUCCUGUCAUCAUUUACUCACCCUCAUGGCAUUACAAAAAGUGUCUUAUUUUAUUUUUGUAACAAAGUAGAUCAUCAUUUGCCUUGUUUUUUAGUGUUCGGUACUUUCCAUGUAAAAUAUUAAUUUAUUUAAUUAUACAAAUGUCUCUUAGAAUGAAUGAAUGAAUAAAAAAUAAUACAGUUUUGCAGUUUAAAACAAGUCCAUAUGAUUUGUGUGUUGCUCCA